ACUCCAUCCCAAACUCUCCUCCCUUUUCAGCGCUCUCCCAAAUUACAGCAGAGGAAUGAAGCUAGGACUCUUUGCCGUGCAUUGCGUUGGUAUUUUCCUCAGCUAAGAGGAUCGGAAAGUUUCCUCCUGUGGGCUUGCAUCAUGGAGGCUAGCAGUCAAUCCAGCAGUCAGCAACUUCUGUGGAAAGAUGUGGAGGCAGAAAAACAGAGGAAGACCAGAUUUCACAACUACCACUGGGUGGCUCUGGUGCUGGCUGUGGUGUUUCUGGUUCUGGCCGUCUGCAUCUUCAGUCUGAUGUAUCUGUGGGGCCCCAGCUUGGGAAAGGUGUAUGACCAUGAGUACAAAGCCGUGGUGGAUGGCGUAGAGACGAACAGUGUGAUGGAGAUUGACCCAGUUGACCUCACUGAGAUCUUCAGAAUGGGGAACGGCAGUAAGGAGGUUGUGGAGGUGCACGACUUUAAGAAUGGGAUCACUGGGAUACGGUUUGCCGAACAUCAGAGGUGCUACAUCAGGACCCAAACGAAGAAACUACCCACAGUGGCCGAGGCGGAGGCUGACGACGGGGAAAGGACGAUUGACGAGGCCGUGGAUGUGCAGGUGGAGGACUCCCGAGUGUGGGUUCCUGCCGAGGAGCCCGUCGUUAACCCGGACUUCCUGCUUGACUCCAAGAUCUGGGAGAUUUGCCAGCAGAUGCCCAUCCACUGGAUCCAUCCCUCCCCCAUGACUGACGCCGAGGCUCAGGACGUGGACACGCCCGACGCAGAGGUCACAGGUCAGCGUUUCACCCGGGACGUCCUGGACCACGUUCCAGUGAACGAUUACAUAAAGGUUUUUUGCAAAACCAACGGCAGCCCUCCAAGGGCAAAACAAGAAAGUGUGAAAGAAUCAACAGGAAGAGAAGCAUGCUCCAAAAACAAGACGCACAACAACAAAAAAAGGAGAAGAAAAAACAUUGAAAGACGUUUUUGGUGUAAAAAUUACACUUAUUUUUUAAAAAGAUAUCAGGGGAAAAGUUGCAAGACGUUUAAAACGGUAAAAGGAACAGAUAACCAAACAAUGAUGACUUUGUGUUGCAAAGUGACUUCGUUGUUUUUAUUUCUUUUUUGUUUUUGGCAUCAAGCUAAACUUGCUUGUGUAAUAAAAGUCGCAGGAGUCUCUGCUGUGUUUUGUGUUGUACUUACUGAUCUGUCCUUCUUUGUUUCCACUGCUGCUGCAGUCUGCAAAAAAAAAAAAAAAAAAAAAACAUAUAAAAUGCUUAAAAUAGUGCUUGUGUUUCCUGCUUUGCUGAGACGGUUCUAAUCUGUAACAAUGCAUGUCGCCGUGCUGAGCUUGAAAAACCCUCAUCUGUAAA